AUGGAGGACUACAGCGAAAAGCUCCAGAAGAAGAUCUCCGGUCUUAGGCUGGGGUCUCCCAAGGACGAGGUUCGUGACGUCUGGAAACAAAUUCUCGAAUACCACUUUCCCAAGCAAAGCGCUGAUUGCCCCAGUGGAGGAUUCGUUCACAAGUACUUCGACUACGACAGCGACUUUCCGCACGUCGGCAUUGUCAAUCCUCGAGGUGAGCAUUCAUACCUGCCCGUAUUCCAUGUCUACUGCCAGUCUCUACCAGCCGCCGCAGGGGAAAGCAUCUUACCAGGUUCUAUGACUCAUUGGCGAGCUUUGGAAGACGCGGUGAAAUUCGAGCUGGUUGGAAUCGUGUCACUCAUCAAGGAGUGCAAGCCGAAUCUCUAUGCGGCCAUUGUCGCAGGGCCGUUGGUACGCUUCUGCGGGGUGAACAAAAAGGGCGAAUUCUGGGAUUUUGGCUUUGAUGACGAGGAGGGUGCAUGGAAUAUCCACCACGAUUAUGAUGCCAUUCUUGAAGGGUUGUUGAAGAUUCGUGCCAAAAUCGAUCCGGUGUGCUUUGUUCCCUGGGGUGUCUCGGCAGUUUGUAUCAAGUAG